AUGGAGAGUCGCCGCGGCGACAGGAACUCGAAAGAGGGCGGUCGUGGCGGAAAAAAGAAUUCAAGGGAGGAGAAGCCGAAAAGUAAAGCUUCCAGAUGCCUUCGACUCACACGUGCUCUGAAUGCUCAAAAAGGCCUUGGAGUGAGGACACAAAUCAAUCAGAACACACACUUCCUUGACCUGUCAGCAGUAUACGGUUCUGAAGAAUGUGAAGGAGCAUCAGUGCGAUCCUUCGUCAAUGGAGAACUAAGGACAUAUGUACAUAGUGGAGACGUUCUGCCGCCACAGAAUAAGAAUGACUCGAACUGCCUGUCAAAAGCACCGUACUACUGUUUUACCACUGGUGACUUCCGAAAUUCCCUACAUCCCGGACUUGUCCCAUUACACACGGUCUACAUCAAAGAACACAAUCGAAUCGCUGCUCUGUUCAAGCGAAGCAACCCAUCGUGGAAUGAUGAGCCAGCACUUUCCAGAGCCAGGCAUAUCACAUAUACUGAUAACACCAUGGUACAGAGUUGCCAUUUUGAGAGCACUAGGGAAGCUCGUCGCGUGAACAUUGCUCAAUAUCAGCAUCAAGUCUACUCUGAGUAUCUCCCAUUAGUUGUCGGCAAUAAACUCUGGAAUGACUUCGGCUUGAAGCCAUUGCAAUCUGGAUUCAGUACUGCUGGUUACUCCACCUCGGUGAACGCAGCUCUUUCGGCAGAAUUCGCCGCUGCUGCAUUCCGAUUUGGUCAUGGCACGGCAAGGAAAGAUUUCCCAAGAGUCACCAACAGUAACAAAACAGCUGGCGCAACAGUCGACAUGGGCAGUAAUAUCUUCUAUGUGGACUCGCACUAUGCGGCAAAUCAGGGAGGACAGGCAUCAUUCAUUGAAGGUAUGAUGCAUCAUCCAGCAAUGAAAUCCGACAAGGAGUUUUCGUUCCCUAUCAGAAAUCAGCUGUUCGAAAUCCGUGGCCAGCCCGGAUCUGGAGUGGAUUUGGUGGCAGUUAAUAUCAUGCGAGGACGUGACGUC